AUUUGUGGACGUGUGCUGCUGUUGGCGUGUAUGUAAUGUAAGUGUGUGUCUAGUCUUUGUUGCUGAGUCAGGCGAGUCCACUCUCCAGAAGGUCUGUUGCUCUUUUCCAGUCUUUCCCCCUUUUCCCUCCCCCUCUCUCUCUCUGUAUAUUAUCUCCCCACUUUUCUUCCUCUGCCCAGGGGACUUUGUUUUAUAAGGUGACGUCCAUUUUAAUUGGAUCGAGCCGAGACACGAGCCUCAGGUUCUGCUUUCUCCGCCUAGUUUUUUAUUUUCAUUUUUUUCUUACUGAUUUACAAAUGGUUUCUUUUUUUAGCGCAUUGGUAGUCCAUGUCGCCGGCUAGAUCCAAGCGGUGUUUACAUUCUUGCAAGCCUGGACGCAGCGUCUCUAUGCGGACAGGACAUUACCGUAAACUGUAGGAGGUUGUGCUUUAUGAAUGAACAACGAGAAGGAAAUACAACAAUCCAAACGUGAUCGCGGUGAGCGAGCCACGGAUAUGAGGGAUUAGCGUCCUUGUACCAGAGACUCAUUGCGGAAAAGCCUUUCACUGCGGACUCAUGUGAAAACGCAUCGGGGGAGAACGUGUUUAAGAGGCAUUGACCAGCGGAAAACCGUGGUGACCAUGUCCAUUCAUAUUGUUGCGCUGGGGAGCGAGUGCCCCGGGGGAGCGAGGCCUGGGGAAGAGGCUAUGGGUCAGGGCCAGCUCCAGGGGGGCCUGCUGUGGAGCUACUUGGGCCAUGGAGCUGUGGCUGGAGGACCUGAGGAGAGCAGUCUGUCCAACUCGGCCUUCAUGGAGUACACAUCCCGCGUGUUUGGAGACGUCACUGUGGUGGUGCAGGACUGCCCUAGCUGGGAUCUGUUGGACAGUGACUGGGCCGGCGUGCGGAGUGUUCUAGAACAGGCUGACAUCCUGGUUAUCAAGUACUCGGUCAACGACAAGCUGGCCUUCCAGCAAGUGCGCAACGGAUACGCCCCUAGACUUCGCCCCCUCCUACACCACUGGGGCAUGCCUGUUAUUCUGGUUGCUGUGGGUGCCCGCCUAAACGAUGAGGGGCCCCCCUGCACAUGCCCCCUAUGUGCAUCAGACUGGAGCAGCUGUGUCCCACACAGCGAGGGCCUGCAGCUCUCUAGGGACCUGGGGGCCACUUAUCUGGAGCUACCCUCCCUCAACCAUGUCUUUGUGAGCCGCUACUUUGGCAGCGUGCUGGAGUACUUCAUGAUUCAAUGUUUGAAGCAGAAGGCCAACGACCGUCCAGAAAAGAGGCGUGGCAACAAGCUGAAUGAGCCCCGCCCCCCUCAUCUGGAACAACCAGCACGUCUUCCCCCCAUCCGAGUGGAGGAGUCCAGCUUCUCUCAGGACCUACAGUGGCUGUUGGAGCGCGGUGUCCAGUUUGCCGAUGUAGCCUUCUACGCUGGGGACUCUGGGAAGGAGCUGGGCUGGGGGCAUGCCGCCGUCCUCUGUGCUGUCAGCCCCUACUUCAGACAGCUGUUGCUGGGGCCCAAGGCCAGGGAGAGGCCCAUCUCGCGUUGCGCUUGCCGGGGGGACGGCCGGGGAGACGGGGGACCCCCAUCACUGCUCUCUACCUGGGAUGGGGGUCUGGGCAAAGAGGACGGGUUGCGGCCUGAUGGGCAUCUGGCUGGACGGCUAUCACGCCUGGUGGUAAAGGACCCUCUGCUGUGCCUGUGCCUGUGGGAGACACUCAUGUUCCUCUACCGAGGGGCGUGGGAGUGGGAGCACCUCCAGGAGGCCAUGGGGGAGAAGCUUAACAACUCUCUGGCCGUGGCUCAACUCAUGGACCGCAUCCGCUCCUUCCUGGGCAGAGACAAGGGUCCCCGGGACACGCCCAACGCCCGAGCCGCCCAGCUUGGUCCUCAGUCUCUGGUCAACCUCUUCAAUUCUCCUCUCUACUCUGAUGUCAUUUUUAUGGUGCAAGGGAGUGUGUUACCGGCUCACCGGGCGGUCCUGGUGGCCCGCUGUGAUGUCAUGGCGGCUAUGUUCAGCGGGAAGUAUGCGGAGGCACGGAGUCGGGUGGUGCCCAUCCACGGAGUCUCCUCUGACACCUUCCUCUCCUUCCUGGAGUACCUUUACACUGACACCUGCUGUCCUGCCAGUGUAUUGCAGGCCAUGGCCGUGCUGGUCUGUGCAGAGAUGUACCAGGUGAAGCGUCUGCAGCACCUGUGUGAGGUGUGUGUAUGCGCCUACCUCCAGAGCAUGCCUAGCCGAGAGCUGGCAUCAACCGGCAUCAGUGUGAUCCGCCUUCUCCGCAGAGCUAAGUGCCACAAUGCAGAGCAGCUGUAUGUAUGGCUACUCCACUUCAUAGCCAAUAACUACCUAAUCUUCAGCCACAAGCCUGACUUCCUGGAGCUCUCAGAGGAGGAGCGGGAACAGGUGGAGAGACUGCGCUGGCCGUCCCGAGGCUACCUGCAGGAGCUGAGCGAGUAUCAGCAGCGCCGACGUAAACUCAAGAAGUCCCGCUGUCUCGUCAUGUGACACCCACCCGCCGCCACACCUUGGAGAAAUAGUGAGAGACCGAGAGGAGAAGGUGUGGGGCAAGAGACAGAGGACAAAGAAGAGGGGGAAAAGGUUGGCAGGGAGGACUUGAGAGAGAAUGAGAGAAGACGCUAUAAACAAACCAGACUUUAAUUCCAAGCUAUCUGCCUCAAUUGGACAGUGAAUAAGGGGAACAGAAAGCUAGGCAGCUUGGGAAAAGAAGACCCAGAGGGUUGAGCGUGGAGCAGAAAAGGUCAAAGGGCGACGUCAACGGGAGGUGAAAUGCAAGACUGACGCACCCUGGUCCUUUAAGAUCAACACGUGACUGUCUUUGGGACAAAAUGACUGAUCUAUUUAACCAGGGAGAAUUUCAAAAUGACAGACUAGGGUGGAAAAAAGAAAAUGGCUACAUUCCAGGUUUAUCUUUGCAGUCACGGUGGCUGCAUAUUUCAGAAGAUUGCUAUAGCAUACUUGUGGUUCCUGAGAUGUAAAGCCUUCUUCAGGUACUGUGCAGCUGCAAAAACAACCUGUCCAUAGAGGAUGCAUCUAUAGCCCGGAGAUUAUUGGUAGAAAAAUGGCUGUGUCCAUGGCGAACCAUAACCCUUUUCAAGACAAAUUAACUGUGUAUCCAUGUAGAAUGGACAGUGAUCAUCUUUGCCAUCUCCACACAGGAGAUACAUAUAUUUUUUAUUUAAGCGAAGACGGUGCUCAACUGAACAUAUGUGCAUGGGAAACGUUCAAAGGAACAGGCUGAAACGCAUCUAAAACGUUUGGGAGUGUUCUGUCUAAUGAACGUGACCAUUGAUUGUGCAUCUAUAGAGGAUGUCUAUUUAAUCUAUGGACACAAUCCUUCAGUCCCAAAUCAACCCCAUGGCACUACACCCUACAUACUUGUUAAUGUCCACUUCCUUCAUAUCCAUAAUGGUUCCUCAAGAAAUGUCUAGGGCUAUAGUUGAUUUGGGUCGAGGCCACCAUAACUGUGAGUACAUAGUGGUCCUACAUGGUUGUCUUCCUGGGUUCUUCUGCAAUGCUAAAUCCUCAAAAAGAGAGCACCCAUGUUUAACAGCAUUGGGGCACCUGGAGACUUAACACGCACACACGUUCAUUGAAACCCUAGCCAAACAACACCUCUGGUUUGACCACACCUCAAAUGUUUAUUUUUUUGCCAUGAGAUUAUAAUUGGAUGGCGCUGCAACUAUUUUUGUACUGUGUACUGCCUGUACCAGGGGGUGUUUUGUAAUGUCUGGAGUGGAGCUAACUGCAUGUGGAGACUAGAGGGUGUAGGUGUUUUAUUUGGUGACCAGCCGGCCAUGGGGGAUGGUUGUGUACAGUGAUAAUUGUGACCUGAGUCACUUGGAAUAAAAACAUGUUUUAGUAAUACACGUUG